AUGUUUUCCUCUUCGCCCGCCCUGGUCGGCCUUGGCUCCUCUUUCUUCUUCGCCGCGCUCGUCCUUGCGCUCCUUCCCCAGGCCGCGGCACGUUUCUCUUCCAUCCAUUUCUCCCCCGUCAAGCAGUGUGGCAACUUCUCUGUCGACUUCGCUGGUGGCAAGGCUCCCGCUGCUCUGCCUUUGUCCCUCACCGUCCUUCCGGUCAAUGGGACCCCCAUCAGCAUCCCGCUCCCUCUCGACGCUUGGAACCAGACGUCCGAGACCGGUGCCAUGAUUACAUUCCUCCCCUUCCCGGCCGGCACCCAGUUCAUCGCUUCACUUGAUGACGCGCAAGGCCACGGAACAGCCCUCGUGUCUGACGUGCUUGUCAUCGAUCCCCCAGACUCGGCAGACACGUCGUGUCUGCCAACGGAUCCUGUCCCGUUCGUGCCGGAGUACAGCAUCAACGGGACGCUGUCUCAGUGCGAGCCCUUCUCUGUCACAUACGAUGCCGCCCGGAAUAUCAGCUCCCCUGCUAUCCGUGCGUUUGUACCCAGAGGGGGAUCGUUCAGGAUCAACGAGACCGAGUCGAACGGAGCCUCAGGCGUCGACACGUACCUCAUGGAUGUGCCUCGGGACCUCGAGGUCCUGCUUAUGUUCCACGACCCGAACAGCGGGCACAACGAGACAACGCCCAUCCUCUCUGUUCUCGGCAAUGUUAACAGCGACUCGUCUUGCGUUCCUAAAAAUCCGCUAUCUACGACCGCAAAUCUGGAUACGAGCAGCUCGAAGGACCAUGUCACGCCAAAGAUUGCUAUUAUCGUCAUCGCAGUAUGCGUGGGCGUUGUCGGUGUCGUCGCGUUGGUGAUGAUCACUUGGUAUCUCCUCCACCGACGGAAGGUGCGGCGAGCGCGCAAGUUCAGUAAGCUGGCUGCGUCGCCAACCCCGAACGAUCCUGAGAAGCAGAUGAUGCAAGUGCGCCCCGCCACGAUCACGCCUGGUCCGCUCUCCCCUACCGGGUCUAGUUACGACGCAUUGGACCAAUACGUUCGGAACCCCUCAUACAUUCGCAUGGGCAGUGCCCUUAUCACGCCCAUAUCCCCGGACCCUAGGGAUCCCUUUGGCGAGCAGUCAAUGGGCACCAUUCUUGGACCUCUCUCUGCCCGCGACAGCUUCAACUCCAAGCUUGGCGCAACGGCGCUCGGCAAUGGCAUGAACGGCUCGUCCACGCUUGCACUCCCACCGCGUUCACGCAAUGGUACGCCCUCGCCUCUCACCGUGUCCGGCUCGGCAGCACGCCAGUCCGAGUUCGACCCCGCGACGCAGCCCAUGGCUGGGACAUCGCCAUACUGGGGCGGUCGUCUCGCCGUGACGCCUGACAACUCGCUCGCAACAAAUCCUGACUCGAUCCUCCGCCGUGUCCGCGGCUCUGGGAACGGGUCUGUGUCGUCCGUGGAGAUCGACCGCAUCCUUGAGAUGGCAACCAUGUACGACGCAACGGACAUACCCGAGCUGCCGCAGCCCGUCAUGACCGCGCCCGCGACGCUCCGUCAAUCCGCAUACAUGGCAGGCCUCGAGUCACGACGGCAAUCGAUGGCGUUCAGCUCCCUGGAGUCGUCGUCGCCAUCGCAGAGCCGGAACAGUAGCCCAGCGUUGAGCCUCAGUGCGAACCAGUCGACGCUCCGCCUGGGACGUACGUUCCGCGAGCCUCCCCUGGCGCCGCUGCCAUCGUCUCCCUUGCCUUCACCCAUGGCGAGGCGAAGCUUCGACGCUGUGGCUGAGGCGGACACCCCUCGGUCAAGCGCGUCGACUACGCGACCGCUCCCCGUGCCGCCCGUGGCUCUGUUCAGCCGGAACGGUACGUCUUCAACACGAGCGUCGACGUACAGCAUGGACGAGAACGAUUUGGAUGGCUUCACGAUCCUCCAGCCCCCAGCUCAACGUAGGUCAAGAUGAAGGUCCUCUUUCAAUGUCUGAGUAGCUCCUGUCCUUGUUCCUUGGUCGUCGG